AUGAGCAAAACUGUUUUAGACAUACGUGAAAAGGAAAUGAAGUUAAAAAUUGAACCAGAUGAACAAGCAAAGCACACAAUCAAGAUCCUAACAGAUGCAAUAGUGUCGAUGAGUAGAAAGCUGCCUCCGCCUACAAGGAUAACGCAACACCAACAAGAGCAGCAGCAAGACCCACAGCAUCCAGAGGACCAACGGCAUCAACAGGAGCAAGAGCAAUGCCGAGAAGUAGACCUGCAAUAUGGACAGAUUUGUGAAUUAUGCGAGAUGGCAUGGAAAGCCACUGAAUGCAGGUUUGCAACAAUAAUAGAACGGCUGCAACGACAAGUAGCUGACCAACAACAACAUCAACACCAACAAACUUGUGACAACACUUUACAAGCUCCAAUUGAUUCCACAAAUUUUCAAGACAUUGAAAUUGACCAAGCACAGGGACUGGAGCAAUUGAGCGAGACAAAUGAUGAGGAUUCUGUUCCAGUACGGAAAUUCUUGCCUACUUCAAAAGAAGUGAUUGUUGAUGAACAACAAACUCAACCACAAGCACAUGGAACGAAUAUAUCCACAACAAAAAGGAAGAGAAACCAAGAAAAGCAAAAAGUUUCAAAAGCUUGCGAAAGAAGAAGAGGAGAAAUGGCAGACAACAUAUCCGAUCAAGAUUCCACCGGCCAGGACAGAGACACACAAGUGGAAGACAAGACAAAAUCCAAUCAUGAAUCAACCAAACUGGAUUCAGGUGUGGCACCCACAACAAACCAAACUGGUGCAACAUCCACCUAUACCAGAAGGACGAGAAGCACUGGUACCAGGAAAAGGAAAGUAUUCAAAGACCUAAUUAUCCCACAUUUUGGCCUGGCUCCAGUUGAAGAAACGAACAAUCCCAGUCAUUCCAUCGAAAAUAUCACAGGAAGUGUCGAUUCGAAUAAAGAUGUCGAUGAGACUAUCGAAGCUAAAGAAUAUCCAGUACCAUCUGCACUCAACGAAACAAAGAAUCCCACUCCUUCCAUCGAUAAAAUCAUAAGAAGGGCCUGUGCACCAUCUUCAAAAUCAUUAAGUGAUACCAGAAAACUGGAGAUGAUUGCCGCUGCUGCAGAACAAGUUGAGAAGAACUCAGAGCCUGCAAUCUCACAGGAAGCUGAUGAGCUUGAUGAAGAGUUAACAAAGUCAGUGGAAAAGAUCCUCAAUAAAAAACCUAAGAGGAGACAUCCAGCAAGAGUCCGCCAGUUGCCUGAACGGUUCAGGUCGCCAUUUAUGCUCCAGAAGAAGAACAAGAAAAAAUUCAUACAGUGGACAGAGGAGAAGAAGAAAAUGACCCAAGAAGAAGCCCUGUUGAUAGACUUCGCUCUCUUACAAAGAGAAGAAGAAAUAGGCAGUAACAAAGACGAAAUGGAGUUCACAUUUUAUGAGAGGUUGGCUCUUGAACUGGAAGAACAAGGCCUUGCUGUAGCAUCCCUGUUAGCAGCAAAAGCUUUUUGGUUCUUCAAAAGUUACAUUGCAUGUGUGUUUCCACACAUAGAACUGGUCAGUACUCAAUACACCUUCACAGAGGUUAACCUACCAUCGGAUAAGGACAAAACGCCGAAUGGGGAAGAUUGUGGAAUAUACACAAUGCAUCACAUGGAGCGGUAUGAUGGUGGUGAGUACGGGGAUUGUACUACUUUGGAUUUCAACACAGGAAACAUCAAAGACUACAGGUGGAAAUACAUGAUAAGAAUCCUAAUGCACCCAGUCAACAAAAAUAAGAAUAAAAUCCUCGAAGCAAUGCACCAGUUCUAUACAAAUACUGCUGAAGAACAACAAAAAGAAAUUCUAGAUCAUGUUGAUUUGAGCAGUGAAUCUUACUACAAUGACAGAAAAACUGGGGGAUGGGUUAAAUGA